CACUACUACCGUAUUGGGUACCGACAAUUCAGCACACCACUAUUUGACAGCUGAACUCCACCAUUUAUUUUGCGUAUGCAACCAAAGGCGCAAGCGUGGUUCUUCAAGGUGUUUUUAUUUAAAAAUUGUGAAUAAUUGGUAGAAACUAAAGGAAUAAGCGUAUCAUUAAUUGAAUUCGGGCUAGCUGGUUUUGUGUGCAUUUGUUGAAUGGAUUGCUUUAUGUGCGGUAUAAAUUUGGACUCUGUCCGUAGUAUGUCGUAUCAUUUUCGCCUGGUACAUAAUUUGGGUCAAAGGGAUAUAUAUAAAUGUACUUUUGGAGGAUAUUGCAAUACAUUUUUCAGCUUCUUGAAUUGUUUUGUACGUCAUGUACGGCAAGAGCACAUGCUUCAAGAGAAUGUUGAGCAAAAAGUAAACGCGUCCGAAACAAAAACAGAAACAACCUUUUUUGAUUCUGCCGCUCCAAGUACUUCUAGAUGCUCUGCCACAUAUUUAGAUACACGGAUUAUUCAAACACCAGACAUUCCAAGAGAAAACGAUUCUGUAAUCGAGAUUGAUAAUAUGUUAGAAUGUUUAAACGAGGAAAAGUCUCAAUCACAAGAACGUUUAAUCGAAGAAAGAUUUAUUGGAUUUGCUCUGAUACUUCACAGCAAGAAUAAUUUUACUCGAAAAGAUGUCGUAGAAAUUCAAGACAGCGUAAUGAAAGACAUAGUGAAUCCGAUAAAAAACUCCGUUAAACAGUUCAUACAAAAUAGUUAUAUUUCGAAAUCUCCAGAUAGUUUUGAACAGCAAUUACUGCUGAGCAAAUUUAUCGAAUCCAUGUCAUAUCCAUUUCGUGGCUUUGAAAACGAAUAUCAGUUAUUUAAGUGGCUUAAUAAAAAUGAUUAUGCACGUAAUUUUGAGGAGUUUGUAAUAAGCAGAGAGAUUGCUGAAAAAUAUUCUCGGGGAGUUCUACUAUACGAUGAAGUUGUUAUCACCGGUGUACUUCUGCCUUUAUCUUUUCAAUUUCGGAAGGCUUUGGAAAAAAGUGAUCUGCUAUUACAAAUUUUAAAAGAUGUAGAAAACAUCCCAAAAACAUUAGAGGAAGGUAGUAAUUUUAUUUGCGGUUCUUUGUGGAAACAAAAAAGUUUACCACUUCUUGAAAACGGAAAAACUGUUUUGCCUUUUUUUUAUAUAUAGAUGAUUCAGAAGUUAAUAAUCCUCUUGGUUCGCAUACUAGUUCAGUUACAUUUAUUUAUUAUUCAUUUCCGGUUAUGAGAAAUUCUGAAAUAUAUUUAGCAGCCACACUUCAGGGUCGUGAUUAUAAGCAAUUCGGGAAUUGGCUAUGCCUUCGCAAUUUAGUUCGAGACAUAAAACACCUCGAAGAAAACGGGGUUACUAUUACAACUUCAGAAGGUGAAAAAACAGUGCAUUUUAUUUUAGGCCUUAUUCUUGGAGAUAACUUGGGUUUAAACACUAUCCUUGGCUUUACUCCUUCCUUCAAUAGUAACUUUUUUUGUCGCUUCUGCAAAACUCAUAAAUCGUCGACUCAUAAAAUGCACAGUGAAGAUCUCAAUUUAUAUCGAAAUCCUGUUGAUUACAAUGUAGAUGUGCAGUUGGGUGACGUACAUUCAACAGGAGUAAGAGAAGAGUGUAUUUUUAAUUCGAUCACUUCAUUUCAUGUAACUUUUAACUUUGCUGUCGACAUUAUGCAUGACAUUUUUG